AUGGGUGUAGCUGGCCCGGGGGGGCCCCACAAGAGGAACGGCCGCAGGCCCUACACCUCGGCAGGACAGCAGCAUGGCUUCUCUGGCUACGAACAGCAGCAGCAGCAGCAGCAAGAUGCAGCAGCUGGCACUUACGCAUGCUCCACACGGGCCAACACUGUUUCUGCGGAAGCAGUAGAGACAAGGAGCUACAAGACGUCUGCGCAGCAGCAGCCGCAGGAGCAGCACCAGCAGCAGCAUGCUGUGGAGGUUGGGGAGGGCCCCGUUAGCUACUCAGCAAUUCCCUUUGGCGAGGAGUGGGGCCCCUAUUGGGGGCCCCUCCCAUUUGGGGUGCCGGCGGAGUACAUGCUAGCAGCAGACCGGCAGCAGCAGCACGAGGUGGCUGUUUAUGGGCUGCCGAAGCUGCAGAGCUCUGUGGACGCCUCCACAGCAGCAACAACCCCAGCAGGGGCUGUGGGGGCCCCCUAUGGCACUAUUUAUGCUGCUGCUUCUUGCUUGGGGCCCGCCUCUUACUUGAGCCGAAUUGCCCAGUGCCGCCUCCAGCCCGGCACUUCCGAGCUCCUGCUGCAGCACGCGCCCACCAUGUAUGAAGAGUAG